AUGAACCAGAUGGUGGAUCUGACUUGUGUUUUGAAAGUGAACGUCAAUUGUGAGACAUGCAAAAGGAAGAUGAUGGAUGUUUUGCAGAAUCUCCAUGGCGUAUAUUCUGUUGCCAUUGAUGCAGAGAAAGGGACACUGAAAGUUUCAGGAAAUGUAAAUCCGUCUAUAAUUAUGAAGAUCUUUGAAAAAAAUGGUAAACAUGGAGAAAUAGCUUGGAUUACAUUUGAAGGGGAUGUUAGGGAGCCAAUUUAUCAUCCCCACCAUAACUAUUAUGGGUUCAUUCCUUAUGGAUCGGUUCAUCCAUAUCCACCUAUGGGAGGGCCGGACCACUAUUUUUCAUGGCACGACGGACAGCGAUACGCUUUUCCACCACUAUCACCACCGCCACCGCCGCGGCCGGUAAGUAACUAUUAUUUUUCCACCUAA